AUGAUUGAAAAAAGGGUGCUUUUAGGAACAAUGAUUGCAUGUGCCUUAUGUGUUGCCAACCCGAAUGCAUGCAAAAAUCCGAUGUGGUAUACGAAAUUCUGCUUGCUACUGCAGGAAUUGCAUCCUGAUAAUAUGCGUCGCGCUUCUUCCUCUCAAGGCACAGAUCACGUCACACUUUUAUCAACCAAGCAGCCAGCCGACAGCGUUCCAGUGCAACUAAGAGCAACAAUAGCAAUGUUAGCACCAGCAGUUCACGUGAUGCAUCAUGUGUGGAGGGGCAUGGCUUGGGUUGCUGAAGAUAUUAGCGAUGAGGAUGAACGGGUCACAAGCAGCAAAGCGGUACGCUUUGUAACUCACCCAUAUUUCUAA